AUGUCACAAGUUGCUAAUAUGAUAUCGAAACAUACAGCCCCCAAUUCCAAAGAUGGUGCAAAUUAUAAAGUGAAAUCAGUUGCAGGACCGUUUGAAAAAGAAAGUCAAGCAAAAAAAUUAUCCAAAGCUUGGUCCGAACCAGAUACGUCAGAUGAUGGUAGUUAUAUAUCUCCAAUAAGAUCAUCUCCUAAAAAAAGGAAAAUAAUACCAAAAUGUAAUCGCCAACUUGAAAAGGAAUUUCUGGAACCACCUAAACCACCUACCACACCUAUAUCAACUAGAUCUAGUACACAUUUUGGUUCUGUUUUGUCAGAGACAAAUGAUGUACUACAAGGCAUGAACUCCAGCUCAAUCGAUGAAUAUAAAGAAAAUAAUAUGAAUAAUACUACAGUCAUUGGUACCUUAGUUCGAACAUUGGGUAGUUCAAAUAAUGCAACCAGUCCAAAAAACAUAGAAAAUGUGGAAAAUAAACAUUCAAGUAUAGAUGAUAUUAAUGUUAGUCCAUUAUUACAAGUAUCCAAUACAAUUACAAAUGAAUUUCAAAAUUUGAGCUCAAGCUUUAAGAGUACUCCUAAAGAAUAUAUUGAAUCCUUUACUACCAGAUUUACUAGUCCAGCCUGUUCUAGUUAUGAACAAAAUAAGUCAGAUUCAAAGAGUUAUUCUAAAGAAACUCAUUCUACAAGUGAACCAUAUGAUGAUAUUUUAUUGACGCCAGCUGAGUAUACAUCUUUAAAUAAUGUAUUCCAAGAAAAUUCUGUUAAUAAAGAAGGGGACAUUAAUGAAAUAGCUGAAUUUAUAUGCAACUCUGGUGAUGAAUGCAAUUUUAUGAUUGACAAUAAUGUAAUUAAAAAUGUUGAAAAUUCAACUAGUUGUAGUUUGACUGAAAGUGUAAACAUAAAUGAUAACUAUUGUUGCAAAAAUCUGUUAGCCAUUAAAUCAUUGAUAGAAAAAAAUGAAAAGACAACAAAAUCGAUGUUAAAACAGAUCUUGAUACAAUUACACAUGACAAAUACCUCAAACACUAAAAUAGUGAAUGCCAUAAAAAAUUUGGACCAAAAAGUACAAAUUAUUAUGAAAUCUGAUUCUAGAAUGAAAUCUUUAGCUCUACCUAUUCCCACAUUACCCGCUGCUUUCAUUAAUUUACUACCAGCAAAAUCCAUUGAAGAAGUAGAUUUACUAGAAUCUCUUUUAUCAGAUGAGACUGAUGGGUUAAAGAAUCAAGAAGAAUUAAAAACUUAUGUUUAUAUGAAAGUUGGAAGUAUUAAUUCCUUUAGUGCAGCAAUACGACAAGCAAUUGACACAUGCUUUAUUUAUAAAAUAUUAUCUGCCUUCAGUUAUAAAGGGAAAACAAAACGAGGUUUUGUUAAUUUAAAAUUAUUCUCCAUCAUUUAUGAAGCUUUGUCUGGUUUUCGAACUGAUCCACAGAAAGAAAUUACAUUCCACAAUGUUACAGACAAUUACAUUAGACAUUCUGGCUUUCUAGUCUCAAAAGAAAUAUCAUCUUCAGUGUUGUAA